UACAAUUCACUAGAUCAACAUUCAAAUUUAUAAAGUGCCUACGUGCCAAAGUUUUACAAGUCAAGUUCGAGAUCAGCAUGAUGACGCAUCAACCAGCUUUUUGUUGUUUCGUGCUUUCGUUGAUGCUCCUCAUCGGUGGAAGUGAGGCGAAAUUUUCAUGGAAACCUUGCGAUGACAGUCCCGCCGGGUCAGCACUCAAUGUCCUCCAACUGUCCCUAACUCCGGACCCGAUCCAGACCGAUGCCUUCGCUUACGCGGACUUCGAGGCCGGGAUCACUCGCAACCUGACGGCGCCGCUAACCAUGUCCCUAGAAAUCAACAAGAUUGUUCACCUUUUCUGGCUUUACAAGACGGAGAUUUCAGUGCCGUGUAUGUCGUGGCUCGGAGACUACGGAAUAGGCAGCUGCACCUACGAAGUAUGCGAAAUGUGCGACCACUUCUACCAGUUGUACGGUUGCCCGGCCGAAUACACCGACAAUGGUAUACCGUGUACAUGCCCCUUCCGUGCCGGCGUGUACAGUUCCUUGGUGCGUCCUCGAAUUCCUGUCUACCUCGACACUUCAAGUGUGCCACUGGUACCCAACAUGUUCCUCAACGGCGAUUACCGCACGACAGUACGUCUUUCCGAUAGUACCGGCAUCGUAGGCUGCAUUGAGUAUGAAAACAGUAUCACCAACAUCUGAGACUCCAUAACAUGGGAGGAGUUCCAUCUUCCAACAUAGGGGGCGCUCUUCAAAACCAAUGAUUAUAUGCUAAACAUACAUUAUGUGCCCAUUUUCAGGGCGUCUUAUAUGGGUUUUGGGACUUGGUUUUCAUAUUCCUCGUUUAUAUCAAAAAUAUCUCUACCAUUAUUGGGAAAUUGUUAAUUCUAAGAAAUAGUAAGAUACUUAAAGGGCAUUUUUUCUUUAUCUUGAGGGAACACUUUAAUGAUCGAGGGGGCACAUUUAUGGCCGCAAAAGGGGCACUUGGGAAAGUCUGGGG